AUGGCAUGGUCGCAGACCGGAGCCCUCGGAUGUGGAAUCAAGAUGUGCGGACCAGACCCAUCGGUCAAAAACUACAACCGACUUGUCGUAGUCUGCCAGUACAAGAAUCAAGGAAACGUGUUGAAUAAUCCAAUCUACAAAAAAGGAGCCACUUGCUCUGCCUGCCCAUCACCAACCAAGUGCGAGACCAGCUCCGGACUUUGUGUCUAA